AUUGAUAUGUUUAUAAAUUAAUUUAUAAAAAUAUUGGAGUAGUAAUAUAGUCAAAAUUGAAACACUGCCUGUAGGUGAAUUGGAGGUUAUAGCAUUGUCAUGUCGUGCCGUUGGCAACUCUGCGUCAAAAAGAGCGCUGUUCAGAAAAAAUAGAAAUAAAUAUGGCGAAGUAAUUACUGCACAUGUGUCGGUGCUCAGCUACGAUAAGCUCCUUUUCGUCAAAUAGUCUUUGCCGUAGUCAUUCUACGCGUGAUAGUUUGAGGUUUCGAUUAGCUUAUAAAAUAUUAAUUUGAGUGACAAUCGAUGCUGAUAUGUGAUACAAUAACAGAGUGCCGAAGACGUAAUCAACACCAUCUUUGUCCUCGUCGCAGUCGUCGUCGUCGUCGUCGUCGUCGUCUUCGUCGUCGUCGUCGUCACAAUGGUUCGAAGAAAUCCUUCACUUCCUUUUAUCAAAAUGCAAUAUUUAUUGUAUGAAAUUUUACCAUACAGGCACUUGAAACCUGUGCCAUAUAGCUUAGCCACUGAUAGUCCUGGUUGUCUUGCCAAAAAUUUGCUAUCAAAUAUAGAAAGAAAAAUUAAAGAAAGGCAGCAUCAUGGCAAUUAUAUUCUAGACUAUUUGGAAUUAAAAUUUUCUGCUGACAAAGAUAAAAUCCGUAUUGAUCCACCCAUUACUCGAUUUACAAAACUAGAUUUAAAAACAAUUGCUGUGGAUAACAUUGAUUGGGCGUAUGCGGAAACUGUUUCAAUUGAACUAUUUUUGUACUUUAAAUAUGACAAAAAUAGAGUUGAUGGCUCUAAUGAUGAAACACCAGCCAGUCCAGUUUUCAUUACAACAAAUAUACCCUACUCAUCUAAGCAGAAGAAUUUUGAUACAUCUCUCACAAAAGAAAGUAAUUUAACAGAUUUAUCAGAACCUGUUAUGGAAAAGGAUUCAGAGAGUACCAUGAAGAAUUUAUUGCCUAAAAAAUCAUUUUAUAUUGAAAAAGAUGAAAAAGUUGAAAAAGAUAAAAAAGCAGAUACACUUUUGUAUGAUAAUACUAUAACUUUAGGAAGUAAUGAAGAUAAAAAAAAUUUGUGCAAUACUAAUAGUAUAGAAACAAUAGAAAGUAAUCAUGUUGGUCUGGUUAAUCAAGCUAUGACAUGUUAUCUCAAUAGUCUUCUUCAAGCAUUGUUUAUGACUCCUGAAUUUAGGAAUGCUCUAUACAAUUGGGAAUACAAAAAUAAUGAAAAAGAUUCAGAAGCCAAUAGUAUUCCUUACCAAUUACAAAAACUUUUCCUCAACUUACAGACUUCACAUAAAGCAGCUGUAGAAACUACUUCACUGACUAAAAGUUUUGGUUGGGAUGUAUCUGAUUCAUGGCAUCAGCAUGAUAUCCAAGAAUUGUGUAGAGUUAUGUUUGAUGCAUUGGAACAAAAAUUUAAAAAUACAACACAAGCUGACCUUAUCAAUAGACUUUAUGAAGGAAAAAUCAAUGACUAUGUUAAGUGCCUAUCAUGUAACACAGAGAAAUCUAGAGAAGAUACUUUUCUUGAUAUUCCUUUGCCUGUGAGACCUUUUGAUAAUAAUGUAGCAUAUGGUAGUGUGGAAGAAGCAUUGGAAGCUUUUGUAAAAUAUGAAACUUUAGAAGGAAGUAAUCAAUAUUUUUGUGAAAAAUGCGAUAAAAAAUCAGAUGCUCACAAAGGAUUGAAAUUUACCAAAUUCCCGUAUAUCCUUACAUUGCAAUUGAAACGUUUUGAUUUCGAUCAUAACACUUACAAUAGAAUUAAAUUAAAUGAUAAGGUUACAUUUCCUGAAACAUUGAAUUUAAAUUCAUUCGUUGAAUCAACCUCUAAUCGAGAAUCAUCAAAUUUCGAAGAAGAAAUUGUUGAAAAUAAUACGAGUAAUAAAAACGCUUUGGCAGAUGUUAAUAAUGUAGAUAAAAAUUAUAUCUCGAAUGAUAUGCUCAUUUCAAAUAGUAAUCAUUUGAAUAACCAUGAACAAGAUGACAAUGAAGGUCUUACCUUGGAAAAUGGUUUAUCUUCAUCUUGUAGCACUCAUAACGAGAAUAUUGAAAAAUUACGGAAAGAAUACGCAGCUGCAAAGGGACCUUAUAUUUAUGAACUCUUUUCAAUAAUGAUACACAGUGGAAGUGCUAGUGGAGGGCAUUAUUAUGCUUAUAUAAAAGAUUUUAAAACUGAUAAAUGGUAUUGCUUCAAUGAUCAAAUUGUAUCAUCAAUUACCAAGGAAGAAAUUCAGAAAACAUAUGGAGGUGGAACUAAAACGGUGUAUUACAGUGGAGUUUAUCGUAGUAGUACAAAUGCAUACAUGCUUAUGUACAGACAAAUUGAUCCUGAACGCAAUACUAAUCCCAUGGAAACCAAAGACUUUCCCCCUCACAUUAAGAAACUUCUUGAAAAAAUGAAGAACGAAGAAGAGCAAAGUUAUAUUGAUGAACAGAUACAUAGUAUGGAGCGUCGUUUUAAACAAACUAUUCACUAUCGUCAAGCGCAAGGCUGCGAGGUCGAAAAAACUGAUAUAACAAUCAGUAUGAGUUAUACUUUGAAUCAAGUGGUAGAGGCUGCUCGCAAAAAGUUUGAUCUGGAUUAUAAGUUUGAUAGUAGUCAAUGUCGAAUAGUUACCUAUUUUCCUGAAUAUGAUAUUGUCGAUAAUACGUUUGAUGGUAAAGAAGAAUACAGAUUGGAUCAAUUAUUUUCUUCUCAGCACAUGAUAAAAUCUUUGCUUUUGGAUAUACGUCCACAAAAUGAAAAAUUUCAGGAUUAUCCAUCUGAACCAAUUAUCACUAAGGUGUUUGUUAUUGAUGCCAUUGAUAAAGAUUUAUUAUACUGUCCAAAAUAUGUAAGAGCUUAUUGUAAACAAACAGUACGGGAAUACAAACAACAGCUAACGAAACAUUUUCGCAUAGACUUAAAUACAUUGCAAUUAUAUUGUCCAGAAAUACUGCCGAAUAAGCUGUUAGAUGAUGAUUUCGUAUUUGAUUCGUUAGGUUGGAAUUAUGUAUAUAAUAUUAGCGCAACUGACUCUUACAAUGAAGACAUGACAAAAAAUUUUCUAGGAUCUACAUUUUAUAAAAUGUAUGAACGUUUAAGUGAUAUUAUCACAUUUUAUGUAGAUCGAAAGGAUGUUACGAAAGAACAACUAGACAAUCUAAGUAUACCAUCUUUCACAGAACAUUGCAGAGAUGUAAAAAACAAAGAGAACACUUCAAAACCCUAUGACUAUCACUCGAAUAAUGCAAGUUACCAGUAUGAAAAUCAAGAUAAAUCCGAGAUGAUUGAUUAUUAUAAGAUGUACUCGAAUAUAACUCCAAAAACAGAAGACCCGAAGACUGAUGCGUUGUACAAUUUUAACUGGCAGUCGAAAGAAAAAGGAAAUAAUGACUUGGCUGAAAGGCGAGAGUGUGAAAUAGAUGAAAUGUGUCCUGAAUUAAGAAGCGCUUUGAAUGAAAUAGCAGUUAGUCAGUUUAAUAGAGAAAAAUGCAACCAACAUGAAUUGAUAGACAAAGAGAUAGAGACUAGUCAGACAAGCAGUAACCUAUAUAUACUUCCAGAUGACAAAAAGAAACUUUUAGGAAAUAAUAAUAAUAAUAAUAAUAAUAAUAAUAAUAAUAAUAUUAAUAAUAAUAUCUUGACCAGCAAAGAACAAUGUAGAAACAUAGGGGUCAUAUCUAGAUCACUUCAUGAUAUAGCAAAAAAAGAUAAAAAUGAGGACUGGAAUAUGCAAGAAACAAGUAACAGUGAAGACAGCAGUUUAAGCGAUAGUGAUAGAACACUUAUAGGCGAUGCACCUGAAGAGAGCGAAUUCAAUUAUAAUAAUUAUGAUAAAUGUCCAAUUGUAAUGAAUGCGACAAACAAAGACGGAAAUAAUGAGAAAUUUUUCAAAAUUGAAGAUUUGAGAUCACGAAAUUUGUUAAAAAUAUCAAUGGACAUUCACACGACAGAAACAGAACUUAAAAAGAAGUUAGAAUCAUUUUUAGAUAUACCUAGAGAUUAUUUCAAACUUGUGGAUUUUUAUGCAAAUCAUUUAGACGAACUUAAUUCUAUGACCUACAGUACUUCAGAUAAAUUGAUUUUUACAGAAGAUAAAAAAUAUAUAUUAAACUUGGAACGCAUUCUCAAUCCUGAUGAAGAUCAAAUUACUAUAUAUCUUCUAGAAAUGGAUUCACGAGAUAUUUUGGGAAAACUGUUUACCACAAUUGUAAAGAAGAAUGCUUCUAUCGGCAGCGUGAAGCAUCAAAUAAUAGAAGAAUUGAAGCGUAAACCUGAUCAGGAAUUAACCAGUUUAUCCAGCGUACCUUACGAGAGAUGGAAGUUUAUGGAAAUUGAAAAUAACGUAGUCGGCAAGAUUCUUGAAGACAGCGAAGACGAUAAAAUUCUUCCAGAAUCUUUACGAGAAAUAUGUCUUCAUCAACUACCAAGAUGUCAAGACAACACGACGCGAAUCUAUGCAAUGAAAUGGAAUAUGUCGAAAACUCUUAUGAUAACGUUGCCUCGAGAUGAAAUAGACGUAGACAAAAAUGAAGGAUUUGGUGAGCAAAUAAAGAAGAAGCUUUCUGACUCGCAAAAUAUCCCUGAAGAGAAUUUAGAGUUUUAUCCUUUGGUUGCUACAAAAGAUAUUGAUAUGAAUAAAAUAGAGAGUGCUGAAUGGAAAACAAGUAUAAGGCCUGAUGAAUUAGAUUUUAAAACCUAUCUUUUAUAUAGAGAUUCCACAGAAAAGGCUACUUCUUUAACUUCAUCAAACACGAUUAAGAGGAGAAAUAGAAGUAACGAUGUAUUCCGAAUAAAAGCUCGAGGAUUGGAAGCAGUACCUGUAAGCUCAAGUCCACGAAAAGAAAAGGCGCUAAAGAUACGCGUGGGAUCUACUUGAUUAUCACAGAAUCAAAUUCAAGCUGAGGAACAAUCUCAGUAUUACUACAUUAGUUAAUUAUUGUUUUUUUCUUAAGACCAAAUAAUUAUCGUUCUAUGAGAAAAUCGAUAAAAUAAAAUAUUUACGAGUGCGACAACUACGCGUUUAAAAAAUUCGUGACAGAGUGUGGCGUUAUUUAUCAAAACCAUGGAUGCUCUUUAACUUAAUGCAUUAAUUAAGGAUUCAAUGUUUCCAAUGUCAUGUAGAACAUGUACAAUCGUGCAAUUGCUCAAGAUAGUCUUAUAAAAGAUUUACAAUCUUGAGUCCGAGAAAUAAUGUUUUUACAAUGUUUCUCAAACAUUUUGUUUCUAAUUCAUUUUUAAAAUGUUCUGCGAUUAUGUGAUUCUAUCAUUCAUGGAAACCAAACUUGUUAGCUUUCUAUCUUGCUUAAUUUAUAAUGAUUUAUUUCUAGCUCAUUUUUUCCCUCCACGCAACGAUGGCUUCCAGGUUUUUAAACUUUUUAUAAUUUUAAUGCAGUACAACAUUCAAAUUAGCUUUUCUAAUUUUACCUAAAGUUUUGGUGUUUUCUUGCAAAUGCGUAAUUUAUUUUCUUCAUAAAAAUGUAAUCUUUAUAAAAUCGAAAAAAAUUGUUAAAGCAGCAAGUAUUCUUUGAAAGAAACACGAUACAUAUUCGUACAAUUGUAAAUGAUUCAUUACAUUUUAUAAAAUAAAAAAUGUAAAAAAUAAGCUAAGGAAUGAGCGUAAAUUCAAAAUAUUGCUUUUACGUCUCUAAAAGUGCCACUGUAUAUUAUAAUAUUUAAGACAAACAAAAUUGUUUCACGUUUAAUAUCGAUUUUGCUUGCAUUUACAAAAAAAAUAAUGUAGCAUUUGUUUAUGAAUAUGGGAUAAACAAAAUUUAUCACUAUUGCAAUUAUUUUAAAGUAACCUUUUUUGAAAAUGGCAUAGUUCAUACAACCGCUGUUUAAGCUUGAAAGCAUGUGUUAUUAACGAUUCUAUUUAGUUUUAAUUUAUAUUUAUUGUUUUUCGUUUUGUUAUAUUUAGACACAUAAAACAUAACUUCAGAAAUCAAAUUGUCAUAAAUUAAAUUUACAGAUUUGCAAUUAUUUGUUCACUAAUUUAUCAUUCUCUAACUUAAUCACGAGAAAAGAAGUAUGCCUCAUUCAAUUUUUGUAAAAUGUUAUUUGUUCUCAUCCAUUUUUACUUGACAACACUAAUACAGUUUUCCAAUUGAUUCUUUUCUAGUUGUUUGACAAUGUAAAAAAAAAAAGAAAUUAUAAUAGAUUCAUAAUUACAUUUUGCAACGGAUGAUAUAUUUUAUAACUGUAUGUAAAUCAAGAGCGAAAAUCAUUUAAUUUAAUGAAAACUUAUUACCAUGCGAUUUUCUGAUUCUAGCAGAUACAUAUUUAUGUAUUAUAAAUUGUAGUUACAAGAAUUAUUUAUAAAUAAUAAUACAAUAAUUUCUGAUACCUAG